CGACACACUUGCGAAAGACUCAAUUCGUAUUCUCCAAGGUUAUCCUUGUAGCGUCUAAUGUCAGUUUAGAAAUAGUAUAGUUUUGGAUUUAUUUUCUUGUCAUAUUGAAAUAUCAUCAUGUAAAGAGAGAGAUAUUCAAUAUUGUUUUUGUUAGCCAUGCUUUGCUCCCUUAAAGAAGACUUGAAAUCCCUAGAAAUUAUACUAGCUAGCACUUCAACACGUCGAAAAGAAAUACUCGGAAACAUUGGUCUAAAGUUCUCCUCUGUUUGUCCUGAUGUUGAAGAGUCACUGCCUUCAGAAAACUUUCAAUCAAUACCAGCUCAUAUCGAAGCCAUAGCUAAACUUAAAGUGGAUGCAGUGGUGAACACUUUGGAUAUCAGUAAACGUAACUAUGUAGUCAUAGGAGCAGAUACUGUGGUAUGUUUUGAAGGUUGUAUUUUUGGAAAACCAUCAAGUCACGUGGAUGCUGUAAAUACACUUACUCGUUUGAGUGGGAACGUUCACCAAGUGAUAACCGGUGUAUGUUUAAAGUGGAUUGUAUCUGGGAAAGAACAGAAAAUUGAUCAAUUUCAUGAAGUAACAAAUGUAAAGAUGAUUGAAUUAAGUCCUCUCAUUAUUGAGGGAUAUGUUCAGUCUGGAGAGCCAAUGGAUAAAGCUGGAGCUUAUGGUAUUCAGGGGUUAGGUUCAAGUUUAAUUGAGCGAAUCGAUGGAGAUUAUUUCAGUGUUGUUGGUUUACCAGUCUGUCGACUUUGCAAGUACUUAAAAGCUGGAUGUGAAGAAAUAGUGUUUAAAUUGUUAGACACAGAAUUUUUAUCCAGUCGAGUAGAUGUUCCCGAGAAAUAACUUUAAUGUUAGUGAAUAUUCUGUCACUUUAAACUGGUGAAAUGCUGUCCUAAUUUGCUGAAAAAUUAAAUAUUCAUAUUUUUGUUCA